GUUAUCUAUUUUCGAGUGUUUGCUCUUGACAGUGUCGUUGUUGGUUGGUGUUUUUGAUCGGUUUUUUGAGUUUUGACACCGCACGUGGAGGAGGAGUGGGUGAUGGAAAUUCCUACCGUGAUGGAUGGUAUGCUGAAAAACUCGCUGGUACUCCACGAUGAUCGGUCCUCGCGCAACAGCAACAGCAGCUCAGGUUCACCGUCGGUAAUACACGAAAAGAAGAAAAUGCUCGACAUCACCCGCGACAAACCGAUCAAAAUUGCCGUCCGGGUGCAGGUGCCGGUGAGGGAUCAUCCCAAGUUCAACUUCGUCGGCAAGCUGCUCGGCCCCAAGGGCAACUCCCUCAAGCGGCUGCAGGAGGAAACGAUGUGCAAGAUGGCGGUUCUUGGCAAGGGCUCAAUGCGGGAUCGCAAGAAGGAGGAAGAACUACGACUGAGUGGCGACCCACGGUACGCCCAUCUGUCUGAGGACCUGCACGUGGAGAUCAGCACCUACACGGCGCCGGCCGAGGCCCACGCCCGGAUCGCGUACGCCCUGGCCGAGGUGCGCCGCUUCCUGGUGCCGGAUUACCAUGACGACAUAAGACAGGAGCAGAUGUGGGAAAUGCAAGCCCUCAACUCAGCCCAGCACGUUCCCAACGGUUGCAACGGCUCGUCCAACGGCACAUCAACCCACGGCAACCACCACAACGGCAGCAGCACAACGAACGGCAUCGGCAGCACCGGCUCGGUGGCCAACUCCGCAGCCUCCUCCAACGCCCUCAACAACGGCAACGAUCUGCUUCAUCACAGCAGCCACCAACACCACCAGCACCAACAUCCGACCAACGGUUCAACAGAUUCCAAUGGUUCGGGAGGACUGUCUGCCGACUCGACGAUAACGACACCAUCGACCGCGACCAUGGCCGGCAACGGUCACCAUCAGCACCACCACCAGCACAACGGAACGGGUAGCAACCAUGGGCACCAGUUCCUGACGAGUUCCGGCGAGGCAGCGGUCGCGGCCGCCGCCGAACUGGCCAGCCUGAUGCCGGUCGAUGUGAACAUGGCGACGUCGGCGAACCACUUUGUCAACUCCCUGCCCACCACGGACAUCGAGGCGCAAACGUUGGCGUUCGUCGAGUCGGCCAACGCGUUCCUGCAUCCGGCCCUGCGAGGAGUCAAAACGGUCAGCUUAGCCCGAAAGCGACCACUGCUCGGCGGUCCCCGGUCCAGCAUGAACCCGACCAAGCGAACCGUGAUGACACUGAUUGCCCGGGCCCGGACCGCCCAGGCCAUGCACGGAACGCGGACGACCGGACCCAUUGGCGACAGACCAAUCCAGGUGAUUACUUCGCCGCUGAUUCUGCAACCCUCGCUGGACCUGCUGCAGACCAACGGCGCCGGUUCAAUGCAAAAGGAGAACAUCCUGCAGGGGGCUUAAGGUGUGAGAGCGUGUGACGACCCAAGGAAUUAAGGCCACCACCACCAGUGGCAGUGGUUGGAGAAGAAUAAUUUCUUCCUGUUCAUCCCUUCAACAAAAACGAAUCUGGAAACAAUCGUGAAUAAAAACCUGAAAGCAGCUCAAAAUGGACCGAAACAGUUUUCCCACACAAAAUCAAAUCAAACCAAAAAGAUAAGUGAAAGCCACUUGCAGCACCAGAACAUAUUUAUACAAAUAAAAACACUCUAAUCAUCGAUAAGGUUUCAAACAAUUAACCAUGAAAAGCAAAACAAAACAAAAAAACUAGCAAAAACAGGCGACUACAACCACUUCAACAACGAGAGGCAGUUGCUGGGAAAGUUUGUCUUUCCUGCAAAACUGCUGCAAUGUACCAUAAAAUCGAUGUAUUUUCUUCCCCCCCUGUUGACAAUUAUUGCUGCACGAAACAAAAAAUAAAGUUUUUAUUGAACUGUUUUAUUUUUGCUACCGUUAGUUGAAUAUAAAGCAUAUUUUCUACUAGUAAAUUUGAUGGAGUAGUGAGUAUUUUUAAACCAAAAGCAUUUAUAUUGUAGCGGAAGAAAGAUUGUAGAGAAAAAUAAAUCAACAUGAAAUAUUCACUCAAGUUUUGAUGGAGCGUAGUUGAACUAAACCUAAACUGAACGUAAUACCGUAGUUCGUAACAUAAAAAGGGUGACAUUUUAUAAAGCAGAUAAACAUCAAUCUUUUAUAUGAAACAAAGCAAAAUCACGUACGAAAAGUAAAUAUUGAUCAAUCAACUAAAUGCUUCAACACAACCAAACAUGAAAAGGAACGAUUUUUGAAGUUAUCAAUGCAACCAGUAAGGCUUAACAUAAAGAAAUGCACCUCACUAAAAAAAAAGCUUAAUGCAAAAACAAAAA